AUAGACGUAAGAAUAAGAGAAAAGCCCAUUACAAUUACAAGAUAAAAAACCCCCUUAGAUUAUAGCUUCUCCUCAGGCUGCUCAUGGCUUCUCUCAACGUUUCUUCUCCUUCAACGGCGGCACUUUCUCGACCUCAGGCAUCCAAAAGCUUCAAAUUAUUUAACGGUUUACACAGCACAAAUCUAUUCUCUGCAAAUGGGUACAUGGCUGAUUUGGCCUUUAGACAGUCAGGCAGCAGAUCAUCCUUUGUUAUCAAGAAUGUUGGCAAAAGUAGAGCUGCACUCAUAUCUGGAGAAGGUGACCUCCUGUCCUAUUCGAAUGGCAAUGGUGCUUCCACAAACGGUACUCUCUUCAGUGAUAAAUCAGUUGGGAUUGAAGAGCAACAAGAUGCAGUAGCAUUUGGAACACUUUCAGCAGAUACCGCUCCCACAAGUAAUGGUUUUCCCAUCGAUAAUGAUGAGUUUGAUUUGGAUAGCCCCACUGAAGGUUUUGCUUCAGUCCCUGAGGCUAUUGAGGACAUUCGCCGGGGCAAGAUGGUAGUGGUCGUAGAUGAUGAGGACAGAGAAAAUGAAGGAGAUCUUAUAAUGGCAGCUCAGUUGGCGACACCUGAAGCUAUGGCCUUUAUUGUGAAGCAUGGAACUGGGAUAGUUUGUGUGAGCAUGCAAGAGGAGGAUCUGGAGAGGUUGCAGCUUCCUUUGAUGGUGAACCAAAGGGAAAAUGAGGAGAAACUCCGCACUGCAUUCACAGUUACAGUGGAUGCAAAACAUGGUACUACAACUGGGGUGUCAGCUCAUGAUAGGGCAACAACAGUAUUGGCCCUCGCUUCUAAAGAUUCCAAACCUGAGGAUUUCAACCGCCCUGGUCACAUUUUCCCACUGAAGUACAGGGAAGGUGGUGUUCUGAAAAGAGCUGGGCAUACCGAAGCUUCUGCUGAUCUUGCGAUGCUAGCUGGACUGGACCCUGUUGCAGUUCUCUGCGAGGUUGUGGAUGAUGAUGGAUCCAUGGCUAGAUUACCAAAGCUUCGUCAAUUUGCUGAGCGUGAGAACUUGAAAAUAAUAUCCAUUGCUGAUUUAAUCAGGUAUAGGAGAAAAAGGGAUAAAUUAAUUGAUCGUGCUGGUGCUGCACGGAUACCCACUAUGUGGGGGCCAUUUACGGCCUAUUGUUACAGGUCAAUCUUAGAUGGGAUUGAGCAUAUAGCAAUGGUUAAGGGUGAGAUAGGAGAUGGGCAAGAUAUUCUUGUGAGGGUGCACUCAGAAUGCCUCACAGGAGACAUAUUUGGAUCCGCUAGAUGUGACUGUGGGAAUCAGCUUGGCCUUGCAAUGAAACAGAUUGAGGCUGCUGGCAGGGGUGUGUUGGUAUACCUUCGUGGGCAUGAAGGCAGGGGCAUUGGUUUGGGCCACAAACUUCGUGCCUAUAAUCUGCAGGAUGCUGGUCGUGAUACAGUAGAAGCAAAUGUUGAGCUUGGGUUGCCUGUUGAUUCAAGAGAAUAUGGCAUUGGCGCACAGAUACUUAGGGACUUGGGUGUGCGAACGAUGAAACUGAUGACAAACAAUCCUGCAAAAUACAGUGGACUCAAGGGUUAUGGAUUGGCGAUUGUAGGCAGGGUUCCGCUACUAACUCCUAUUACAAAGGAGAAUAAGAGAUACUUGGAGACCAAACGUGCGAAAAUGGGACACGUAUAUGGCUUAGACUUUAAUGGCCGUUUGAACAGCCUCAUUAUUGGUGGCAAUGGUAACACCACUCCAGCGGAUGCUGCAGCUGAAUCCUAGGACCUGGUGCUUCCGGCUUGCUUUAGAUGCUGGUAACUCCUUGCCGACAUGAUCCACUUAGUACAACUCGUAUGAUAAUCGGAAGAAGACACCAUCUCUGAACUUGGUUAUAGAUAUAAAAGAUUUAUUCUUUAAAAAUUCAAUGUUUACCUUGGCAUUGCUAAAAGUAAAAAAUUUGUGCGGUUUCCUACCUAAAACGAUACCCAAGGAAGAGCCCUCCAUUCUUUUUCUCUGACCUGUGAAUUAGGGACAAAACAACUUCAUUCCUAGAAUUUGGAUUUGCUUGACCUUGUUGAGGUCAUGUUGUAAUUACGACUUUAUACAAUAAAUAGAUAAUAAAAAACUUUUAUAUAUUUGCAUU